AACCAGUGAAAAAACUUGGGGAGAAGAACUUGUGGCCCUGUCAGAGCUUAAUCUCAAUCUCAAAUGGGGUCACCCCCAUUUGUCCAUUGAAACAGCUUAACCCCCUUUAUAGCUAGGUCCCAUCUCACCUCCCUCCCUCUCUCUGUCUCUGUCUCUCUCUCUCUCUCUCUCACCAGCCCACUUCAACCUCUGCUUUCAGUCUUUCACAUUCACAUUUUGUUUGUGAAAGCAGAGAAAUUUAAAGCAGUGCUGCAAAACUCGCCGCCCGGCAGCUAUGGAGAAAGCAGAGAGAGAGACCCACGACUUCAUGAACGUGGAAUCCUUCUCCCAGCUGCCUUUCAUCCGCCCUGCGCCGCCUCCCAAGGGCGGCGCCGUCCGCCUCUUCGGCAUCGACUUCUCCACCGCCGCCGGCGUCGAUCCGUCCGAGUCCGCGGAGACCGCGGCUAACGCGUGCGAGGACGCGAAGGACUCCGAGACCAGCGAAAGCAGCCGGAAGUUCGAAUGCCACUACUGCUGCCGGAACUUCCCGACGUCGCAGGCGCUCGGUGGCCACCAGAACGCGCACAAGAGGGAGCGCCAGCACGCCAAACGUGCGCACCUCCAGUCCGCCAUGCCGCACGGUAGCAUCCCCGAGGCGCACGUGUACGGGCUCGUGAACUACCGCCUGGGCUCCGCCGCGGCGGCUCCAGCUUUUCCGCCUUGGAGCGGCGGAGACGGCCGCGGAAGGUCGUUCUACGGUAGCGGCCACGGCGGCGUUGGGUCCUUCUCUCAUCAUCAUCACCAUCAGCAGCAGCAGCAACCGAUUAACGGGAGUCCCUUGGCCGUGUGGCGAAUCCCGGCCGUCCAAAGCGGCGGGGGGCUUAAUCGGGACCGUCCGUCCGUGCAGUACUCGUUGCCGGUGUUGGCGGCGGCGGAGGAGAUGAAUGCGUCGCCGCUGCAGGUCAGCGGUUCGAGUCAUCAGAGUCGUUAUGUGUUCGAGUCAAAACCGAGCGUGCAAGAUCACGUGAGUUUAGAUCUUCGUCUGUAAUCGUAAUUAUAUAUUAGUUUCAUAAUUAACUUUUUUUUUUUCCAAAAGAAAGGGAGAAAUUGAGGAUUUUGAUCUCAGCAGGCUUAUAUGUAUAUUUUUUCAAGGGAAUGAGAUUAUUUUUAAUUUAUAACUUAAUUAAUUACGUUAUUUCCUGCUCAAAA